CAGCGAACCGAGAGGCGGAGGGACGCCGGGGUCCGGAGCCGUCCUGCAGCCGCCGGCCGGGAGGCGACAGCGAACCGAGAGGCGGAGGGACGCCGGGGUCCGGAGCCGUCCUGCAGCCGCCGGCCGGGCAGCUUCACGGGGGGUGGCGGUCUGCACGGCCCUGCCCCAAGCGGGUAGCUGGCGCCAGCGAUGUCGGGCGUGAGGACUCGUGCACACGGGGCUGGAGAACAGGGGCUGAGGAUGGUCGAGAUGACCAAAGUGGCCAGGACUACCGAGCUGGAGUUCGGAGGCCCCCUAGGUGCGCUGGUACUGGUCGCCCUGCUGCCCUGCACCGUUCUCUACCUGCUGCUCGCCUGCCGUACAGAGGCAGCCGGCCUCCUGAACAACCCCCUGCCCCGGGUGGAGCCAAGCCAGCUCUGGGACCCCGCCGCCCUGCUCCUCGUUCUUGCCUGGCUUGCCCUCCAGUCUCUGCUCUACCUUCUUCCUCUGGGUAAGGUUACACAAGGCAUGCCACUCCGGGAUGGCACCCGUCUCUCCUACCGGAUUAAUGGUCUGCAUGCCUUGGUGAUCACCGGGCUCCUGACAGCAGUGGGCGCCGCCUGCGGGCUGCCCCUCGCCCACGUUCACGACUGCUGCGUGCAGCUCGCCUGCGUCUGCAUUCUGACCUCGUUUGCCCUCAGUGUCCUCCUCUACGCCCACUCGCUGUGCGCGCCCGAGGAGGCCCUGGCACCUGGCGGGAACUCGGGCAACCCCAUCUACGAUUUCUUCAUCGGGCACGAGCUGAACCCGCGCAUUGGCAACUUUGACCUCAAAUACUUCUGCGAACUCCGGCCGGGGCUGAUCGGUUGGGUAAGUGACUGGCGGUCCCCUUCGACCCGCUCGUCCGGCGGGGAGAUCACGGCACGGUGCACUCGGAGAGGCGUUUUGUGUAGCGGGUGAGUCUCAGGCCAGCUUCGGAACAGAGAGAACGGUGCGCAAUAGGUCCUUCCGAACCUCUCAAUCCUUAGAUUUCAACCUUGCCUAAUCACGGGACAGUUUACACGAGUAAUUAACCUGCCAACCGGUCGGCGUCUUUGGACUGUGGGAGGAAACCGGAAAACCCGGGGGUGAACCCACAUUCAAACUCUUCACAGGCCGCGGUGGGGAUCGAACCAGGUUUUUGUUGCUGUGGUCUUCACAGACACCCGCAAAGCAGAGAGAAAAAUCCCGGAGAAUGAAUGACAGAAAUAUCAGAACCCCAAAGCACCCCCCCCCCCCCCGCACAAACAGCAGGAAAAGCAUCAGCCCUCCCCCCCACUUGCUCCAGCAAAGCACCAAACCGCCCCCCAUCCCAGCCUCCCUCCCCACUCAAGCUGUAGCAAAGCCGCCAGAGAGAUCUUGAUCGAGAGCCCAUUUAAAAAGUACACUUCGCCAUCUGGGAAGGACG